CAAAGGCUUGAGCCCAGGACGCCCCUCUCUCUCUCUCACUUUGCCUACAAAGCCAACCUAGCUCUAUCUUUCUUGCUUUUCUAUCAUGGACAUGUUUUUGAACAGGCGGCGUACAGAGUGAUGGUUUUAUUUGUACUUUCUUAUUCUGAAAUGCACGACCGUCUGGAUCCCCGCUCGGCCGAGAGAGGAAGGCUUUCAGUAGGUUUAAUACAAGGAAGCGUCGUCUGAGAGAGGGAGAGAGAGGGGGAAGGAUUGACGUUUUCCUCCUCUCCUCCUCCUUCCUAUAGCCCCCUCUCCUCCUCUUUUUGGCGGAGAGAGGAGUUGAGGCAGGAAUAAACGCUUUUUUUGUUUUUCCUCAUUUUUAAAUGCAGUUGAAUCCUACUGCGCAACGAGACCGGAUCACGUGGGUUUGGAGAGAGUUGGAUCGAUGUUGCACAGUUCAAUGUGAGAAAAGAGAGAAACAAACAACUCCUAUUUCUUUUGACUUCUGUGGAUAACUGGGACUGUUGAUACUUUUGCAUAAUUGCAAGAGAAGGGGAGAAGGGUAUUUGCUCAGCCUUGGAGGUGUGGAGUAUUAAUUCUUAUAUGCCUGGGGUUUGAAAAACAAUGGAGACGCACAUUUCGUGCCUCUUCCCGGAAAUUUUGGCCAUGAUUUUUAGCUAUCUGGACGUGAGGGACAAAGGCAGGGUAGCACAAGUGUGUAUCGCUUGGAAGGACGCUUCCUACCACAAGUCAGUGUGGAGGGGGGUGGAGGCCAAGCUGCACCUCCGCCGGGCCAAUCCCUCUCUGUUCCCCAGCCUCCAGGCCAGGGGCAUCCGGAGGGUCCAGAUCCUGUCCCUGCGCCGCAGCUUGAGUUAUGUGAUCCAGGGAAUGCCUAACAUCGAGUCCCUCAAUCUGUCCGGUUGCUACAACCUCACAGAUAACGGGCUGGGUCAUGCGUUUGUGCAGGAGAUCCCAUCUCUGAGGGUUUUGAACCUGAGUCUGUGCAAGCAGAUCACAGACUCCAGUCUGGGCAGGAUAGCUCAGUAUCUGAAGAACCUGGAGGUGCUGGAGCUUGGUGGCUGCAGCAACAUCACCAACACUGGGCUUCUGUUGAUAGCCUGGGGCCUCCACCGGCUCAAGAGCCUCAAUCUGAGGUCCUGCAGGCAUGUCUCGGAUGUGGGGAUUGGACACCUGGCCGGUAUGACCCGCAGCGCGGCGGAGGGCUGUUUGAACCUGGAGUACCUGACUCUGCAGGACUGUCAGAAACUGACGGACCUGUCACUCAAACACAUUUCCAAGGGGCUGACCAAGCUCCGGGUUCUGAACCUGAGCUUCUGCGGGGGGAUCUCAGACGCUGGGAUGAUCCACCUCUCCCACAUGGGCUCGCUGUGGAGCCUCAACCUACGAUCCUGUGACAACAUCAGUGACACGGGGACCAUGCACCUCGCCAUGGGCACCCUGAGGCUCUCCGGGCUUGACGUCUCCUUCUGCGAUAAGAUAGGGGACCAGUCCCUAGCAUACAUCGCCCAGGGGCUAUACCAGCUCAAGUCCCUGUCCCUGUGCUCGUGUCACAUCUCUGACGACGGGAUAAACCGUAUGGUGAGGCAGAUGCACGAGCUGAGGACCCUGAACAUUGGACAGUGUGUGCGCAUCACGGACAAAGGGCUGGAGCUCAUAGCGGACCACCUGACCCAGCUGGCGGGCAUCGACCUGUAUGGAUGUACCAAGAUCACCAAGAGGGGGCUGGAGAGGAUCACACAGCUCCCCUGCCUUAAAGUGUUGAACCUGGGACUCUGGCAGAUGACAGAGAGUGAGAAAGUGAGGUGAUUGGAAAUGUUUUGCCCUUUUUGUUCUUCUGGUUUUGGAUGGGGACCGAGGGGGGCCUGAGGAGCAGAAAGAGGGGGAAUAGUUGGGCGGGUAAAUUUAUUUUCUUGUUUAAAAAGAGAGAAAGCCUCCUGUAAGCCUUGUGUAAGGUGUGCUUCUCCCAUGUGACAACAAUUAUGUUCAAAAUGUUUUAUUUUUCCUCUGUUGGCCUUGCAAGAUUUCAAUUUGUGUUUGAUAUUACCUAAUAUCCUGCCUGGUAGGAAGCAAUUUAAACUUACCUUUGCUAUGAGCUCAUGAAAAUCCCUCUUAGCAAAUAUUUUGAUCUUGUAUAAUUCAGUUUUAAUAUCUCAGAAAGUCUGACAUACUGGAAUAACUUGCAAUGCAAAGCUUGUUUCACAUUCAUUUACUGAAACUUGCUUCAAGAACAAUUCUUAAAGUUACAUUUGCAUCCAUCCAAAGUUGCAUCCACGUUUUGAUUUAAAGCAAAGUGAGGUUUAAAAACUUUAUUUGUGUUGUGUUAAAGUGAGUCUGGAUCGAAUACACUUAUGACUAAUCUCCGCUACAGCCAUCACGCCUAAAAAACAUUUGGCUACCUCGUAUGUGGUUGUUUUCAAAGGGGUGUAUACCCUUAA